GUUGACAGUUGACUGAUAAUUAUUAAUUAUUAUUAUUAUUACGAAAUGUUAAUGUUCAUUUUAUUAAAAUUUAAUUAUAAACUUAUAGCUACGACUAUUUAGUAAUAAUUUGUAUUGUACAAAUAAAUUCGAUUUUGGUAUCUCAGAUUUGUCAUUGUACUUAAACAUGACGUCCAUUAUUAAAUUUUAUACAUUAUCGGGUUCUAUGGAUGAAUCUCCACCUUGUUACCUAUUACAAAUAGACGAAUUUAAGUUCCUUUUAGAUUGUGGUUGGGAUGAACGUUUCAGUAUGGGUGUAAUCAACAAAUUAAAAAGAUACAUACAUCAAAUAGAUGCGGUUUUGUUAUCUCAUCCAGAUCAAUUUCAUCUAGGCGCUCUCCCGUACCUUGUUGGAAAAUGUGGUCUUAAUUGUCCAGUUUAUGCCACAAUCCCUGUUUAUCAAAUGGGUCAGAUGUUUAUGUAUGACUUGUACCAAUCUUUGUACAACGUGGAGGACUUUGAAUUAUUUAAUUUGGAUGACGUCGAUGCAGCUUUUGAUAAAGUUGUUCAAGUUAAAUACAACCAAGUUAUUACAUUAAAAGGUAAAGGAAUUGGGAUGAGUAUAGUGGCUUUACCAGCUGGGAAUAUGGUUGGUGGAACUAUAUGGAAAAUAUCAAAAGUAGGGGAAGAAGAUAUUGUUUAUGCAGUGGAUUUUAACCAUAAAAAAGAAAGGCAUUUAAAUGGCAGUGAUUUAGAAAAACUCACUCGUCCAUCGUUAUUAAUUUUGGAUUGUUUUAAUGCCGCUUACUCUCAGGCCAGGCGAAGAUCUAGAGAUGAAACACUCAUGACUACUAUUCUGACUACACUUCGAAAUAAGGGUAACGUUUUAAUAGCUAUAGACACUGCAGGACGGGUUUUAGAAUUAAUGCACAUGUUAGAUCAGUUAUGGCGCAAUAAAGAAUCCGGUCUCUUCGUUUAUUCAUUGGUAUUCUUAACUAAUGUAAGCUAUAACACCGUAGAGUUUGCAAAAUCACAAAUUGAAUGGAUGAGUGACAAAUUAAUGAAAAGUUUUGAAGGUGCGAGGAAUAAUCCUUUUUUUUUUAAACACGUUAAACUAUGUCACAAUAUAAAUGAUUUGAAUAAAACAUCAGACCCUAAAAUUGUGCUGGCUAGUAGCCCUGAUCUAGAAAGUGGAUUUUCACGAGAGGUGUUUCUCAAGUGGGCAUCUAAUCCGAUAAAUAGUAUAAUUCUUACUCAUAGAACGGCUCCAGGCACAUUAGCUCGUGAUUUGAUUGAUUUUGGGGGCAAUAGAAGUAUCAAAGUGAGAAUUAAGAAACGAAUACCAUUGGAAGGUAGAGAACUAGAAGAUUUUUAUGCGAAACAUAAUGUUGUCAAUAUGGAUAUUGGUAAAGUUAUUCAAGAAAGUUCUGAUUCUGAAGACGAACUUGUACCACUGCAAGAAAAAUCUGAUUUAUUAGAAGAUGCUGAUAAAUUAAAAAUGAGAAAGUCAACGAAGAAAGAGGUAGCUCUGAUGUUUCCUUAUUAUGAAGAAAAAUGCAAAGUUGAUGCUUAUGGCCAAAUAAUCAAACAUGAAGAUUACAUAAAGUUUGAUAAGAGUUGUGUAAAUGGUACAAAUCCAGAUGGACAGAAUGAGACUGCAAAUGACAAAGAAGAAGUUGAUCUAUUGGAUCUUCCCUCCAAGUGUGUGGAUUGUGAACAAAUUAUACACAUAGCCUCAAAAAUUGUACAUAUAGAUUUCGAAGGCCGUUCAGAUGGUGAAUCUUUAAAACAGAUUAUACUUUCGCUAAGACCAAGACGAUUGUUAUUAGUAAGAGGUUCUGCGUUGAGCACCAAGACUGUUUCGAAUUUCACUAAAGUUUUUUCAGAUAGCAAAGUCUUUGCACCUAAAGUUGGUCAAUGUUUAAAUGUCACAACAGAGUCACAUAUUUAUCAAGUACGGUUGACCGAUGAAUUACUUUCGACUGUUCAAUUAAAAAAAGGUCAGAAUGGAGGGGAGUUAGCAUUUAUUAAUGCAAGAUUAAAGCUAAAAGAUGAUGUAACAGAUGAAAAUGCUAUGGAAAUUGAUGGAAAUCAACCUGAUAAACCAUUAAGAAUGGAUGAUCGGUUUUAUACACUAGAACCAUUACCAAAAUCAGAAAUAACAUCUCAUAAGACAAUAUUCAUCAAUCAUCUAAAAUUAUCAGAUUUCAAACAAAUAUUAUCUAAGAACAAUAUAUCCUGUGAACUAUCUGAGGGUGUUCUAUGGUGUUGUAAUCGUACUGUGUGUGUUCGUAGAAAUGCAUCAGGAAAAGUUCUGGUAGAAGGUGUAAUUAGCCGAGAUUACUAUUUAAUUCGUGGUCUUCUUUACAAUCAAUUUAUAGUAAUAUGAGAAUUGUUACAAAGAAAAAUACUAUUGGGCAUAUAUAACAACUUCUCCUUCAAGGAUUACUUUAUUUAUAAAGAAAUACAAAUAAUAAAUAUGUACCACAUUUUAUUUUAUACAAUAACACUUUAAAUG